GUAAACUAUUCAAAAUGUUCUUCAAAGCCGCACUCUUCAUCUGCGCUCAAGCGCUUGUGCUGCAGUCCAUCUCCGGCCAGUGCAUCGGCGCAGGCUGGGCCGAAGCCCCCUACCUCGGCUCUUGGGCAGGCGCUCCCUACGGCGCUGCCGGUUUCUGCGGCGCCGCGCCCGCUUUCUCCGGCGGCUCUCUCCCAGUGGCCAGCGCCUCCCCUAUCCCACCGAACGGAGUGUCCGUGCUGUCUGAGAACGCUUACUGCGGAGAGCUCGCUGUCCGCGGCGCUCUGCCGUUCUUGGGAACUGUGGGACUAGAGGGCGCCCUGCCUACUGCCGGCUCCGGCUCGGUCGCGUACGGCUGCGGCAACGGAGAGGUCGCCAUGCUGACUGAGGACAUCGGUGCUGCCGCCUAUGCUCCGUUCGGAUACGGAUACGGAUACGAAGGUCGCGCUGGAUGCGGAUGUGGACGUCUCUAUUAAAUAUAGAUGACGUUAUAUUUAAUAAAUUGAUGAAACAAUUCUA